AUGGCUCCUAUUAACCUUGAUUCGUCCAAGCAGUACUAUGCAACCAGUAGUCUUGUCGUCGGUUAUGCUCUAUGUUCAAGCUUGCUCGCUAUUAUAAACAAGUAUGCCAUCACGAAGUUCAAUUUCCCUGGUCUCUUGACCGCACUGCAGUACCUGACUUCUGCACUUGGUGUUUGGGUGCUUGGAAAGAUGGGCUUCCUUUACCAUGACGCAUUUACCUGGGAGACAGCUAAGAAAUUCUUCCCCGCAGCCGCUGUCUUCUACCUUGCCAUCUUCACCAACACUAAUCUUCUGCGCCAUGCAAACGUGGACACCUUCAUUGUGUUCCGCUCCUUGACGCCCCUUCUCGUGGCUGUCGCUGAUACUGCCUUUAGGAAGCAGCCGUGCCCCUCUAAACUGACAUUCCUGUCUCUGGUUACCAUAUUGAGCGGGGCGGUUGGGUAUGUGAUGACUGAUUCGGGAUUCACUCUCACAGCCUACUCGUGGGCCGUUGCUUAUCUGAUUACCAUCACAACUGAGAUGGUCUACAUUAAGCACAUGGUGAUGAAUCUUGGGCUGAACACAUGGGGCUUUGUCCUUUACAACAAUCUACUGUCCUUGAUGAUGGCUCCACUGUUCUGGUUUAUUACAGGGGAGUAUGCAGAUGUCUUUGCAUCUUUUAGCCCAGAUUUAGAUAGCUGGUUUAAAGUGGAUGCUUUUUUGGCGGUCUCUCUAUCCUGUCUAUUUGGAUUGCUCAUCAGUUUCUUUGGGUUUGCUGCGAGGAAAGCAAUCUCAGCCACAGCAUUCACCGUGACAGGUGUUGUCAAUAAGUUUCUUACCGUAGCAAUUAAUGUGUUGAUCUGGGAUAAACAUGCCAGCACUUUUGGGUUGAUGUGCCUGCUCAUUACUAUUGCGGGAGGAGUUCUAUAUCAGCAAUCAGUGACAGGAGCUAGUGUCCCUUCACCCCCACGUGAAUUGCCAUCAAUUGAGCCGGUGAGGGUGGAAGCGCAAAGGGAUUAUGAAGACGACACAUCCGAUAAGGAUUCAAGUGUCUGA